CUCCGUACUGCGCUUAACAUUGGGCAUUCUGUGCUAGAGUGCUCUGAGUGUCCUUGAUAUCGCCGCAGUUUUGUCAAUGGACAUGGAUAUCGACGACUUUCCCAUAUCUCCGGCCAAGCGCCAAAGGACGAAUUCACCGGAGGAAGACCGUCACGCCCCUCCUCUGCAUGCGUACCCUGAGGACGAAAUCAAUGGCUCGCUGAACGAAACGUCGCAAGUGGAUGUCCCUUCUUCCAAAAUCCCUGGACUGGGUGGACUAGAAGAGCAGAUCGCUGAAAUUCCGCCGAUGAAGGAGGCGCACGACAGUCAGGACCCGAACUCCUUGUUGGACGCAUUGAUGCUGCAGGUUGAAGCCGAGUCCUCUGCGAUUGCGCCAGCGCAGCCGCCGUUAACAGACCCCGUGCUCCCAACAGCAUCGGCACUCGAAGUGCAGUAUGCAGAACAAACACAAGAGGUGGAAAACCAUGAGUCCAGUACACAUGGAGGUCAGAAGGACAGCGAGACGGUGCCAGCUGCGGAAGUCUCUGCUGCACCGAUUGAAGUGUCUAUUGCGGUAACACAAGAUGCCGCCGUAGAUGAUGUUGGGGAAAACAACACUAUGCAGGGAGCCAUGGUAGACGUCAAGUCAGACACUGAUGGUGCCAUACCGAUGGUAGGAGAUACAACCGGGGCACCAGCUGCUCCUGCCUAUCUUGAACGCUCCAUGGACGUGAUCCCAAGCGAGGAAUCGCGAGCGCCUGGGGCAGAUGCCGAGGGUGCUGAGUGGGAAAUUGACUCCUCACCGUACGAUUCCUCUUCAGACUCCGAUUCUUCCGACGAUACCACGUCCUCGGACGAAGAUAGCGACGAGGAUGCCGAUGGUGAAUAUUCGAUGCUUGAUCCGGAAGAGACGGCUCGGCUCCUCAUGCAGGAAGAUGGCGGGUCUGACGACGAAGGAGGAAGAUCACGAGAUAAGACAGAUCGUGCUCCUCUUCGGACAGCAAAUGAGCGACAAGAGGAGGUAAUACCUAAACCUGAUAUUGUUGUCACAGAGGAUAUGAAGAUAGAAGAGCUAGGCAACGUUGAAGUCGUGGUCGAGAGCACUGUUGUUAUCAAGGCGAAGACUUCAGGGGAAUACCAGGUUUUGGAAUCAGGGUCAUUGAUCUGCCUUCAGGAUCGAUCAGUUGUCGGGGUCGUUGCAGACUUGAUCGGACGAGUCGAAGAACCCCGAUAUACGAUUCGAUUCACGAACGACGAAGCCAUUGCAGAUGCUGGUCUAUCUCAGACCGGUACGACCGUUUUUUACGUUCCUCAGCAUUCAACUUUUGUCUUUACUCAGCCGCUCAAGAACGUCAAAGGCAGUGACGCAUCCAACUUCCAUGAUGAGGAAGUGGCUGAGGACGAGAUGGAAUUCUCAGAUGAUGAAGCCGAGGCAGAACACAAGCGUCAGGUGAAAGCCAAAAGGCAAGGAAGGUCAGGAGAUACUGGACGAGGCCGCGGUGGUUCGAAGUUUGGAAGAGGCUCCCAACGCGGAGGGCGUGGUGAACCUCAUGGCCAUCAUGCCGAUAACAACGGCUAUGGCAGUGGCUCUUUGAAAAUGAACUAUGACGAUGUCGCAGACGGCGGUGAUGAAGGCUACACUCCCUUGCAAAGACCAGACAACAUGACGAACGUUUUGGCGAAAGGGGACCAACCUCAAGAACGGAGCCUAGGCCAUCCGCUUCCACCACCGUCCACAUUCAAUGCUGGUAGAGGUGGUUUUGGUGGACGUGGAAGAGGCCAGGGCAGAGGAAGGGGAGGAUCUCGUGGUAAUCGUGGUGGAGGUGGCUUCAACCAGCCUCGAGGUGGUGGCUUUCACCGGCAACAGCACAAUGCCAACAGUUCUCAGACUGGCUAUGUUCCUGCCGGGCCUGAGCUCAAUCUUCCUACAACACCCUCGAUCACGCCUCACAACAUAAGCUAUCCUCCUACGACACCCUCGCCAAUGACACCUUUACCGAAUGGUUCCUUCAAUUUCGGGAGCUUUCAAACCCCUCCCAAUUUUCCGUUCAUGCCGCAAUUGGCGCCAGGAUUUCCACCGUCCUUUACCCCAAACUUCCAGCACCAACAACCACAACAACAAUAUCAGCAGCCUUAUCAGCAGCAGUUUCACCAGCCAUACCAACCUCCACCAGGUCAGCAGAGUCAUGCUCCAGGAACGGAUCCCAGGAUAACAGCUCAGCAAAGCUUUUCUUCGGGGCCCUGGUCAAGUAAUCCUGCUAUAGCCGCAGCUCUGAGGCGGCACGCGGAGGAGCAGAGGAGGAACCAAGGAUUGUGAGCUGGCACGCAAGACUAAUAUUCAAGCUGUAUGGGGCGUUAGUCUUCAGGAUCAAGCGGUGUUCGGGAUGACUUUAGGAAACGUUCGUCAGUGGACCCAUGACUUGUACCAUAUUGACGAGCCAACAAAAAGUAGGGUCGUCGUGUUAUGGAAGCCGAGUGUCAGUAAUUGAGAUACCCCGUCUAGAAGAAAAGGCGCCCCCGGAACAAAGAACUCAUGCCUUGAGGUGCACUUAUUGUCUCAAAGCCACUACUGUAUUUCUAGUAUCAGACUUCGAUCCCC